CGAAUAUUUAGUUGGAAUAGGAAGACCAUGUGUAUGACUUUUGAAAGGUUAUUGACUUCAAAGGCAUUUUGGUUGCAGAAGAUCACGGUUCUGAUGCAGCAACUGGCAGCGCGCGGACGGGUCGAGCUGUUGCGUCCAUGGCGGCAAGCAAUGGCAUUCCGUAUGCACAGCGGAGGAAGUCACGACCAUACUCACGAUCACAGCCAUGACCACGAUCACAGCCAUGACCACGACCAUAGCCAUGACCACGACCAUAGUCAUGACCACGACCAUAGACAUGACCACGAUCACAGCCAUGACCACAGCCACAGCCACGAGGACGACGAGAACUUGCCGAUUGGACCCGUUUCGCCUUUCAAAGUGAAGGUGCACAGCUCCAAGAAGACCCACUCUGGUCUACAACUGCAAGUUCUUGGGCUGUACAAACAAAGUCUCGCCAUCGCGAAAGACAAGGAGCGCAACGGCGUCGCUGACAGCGUCGAGUUUGUUCGCCGCAAGUUUCGCGAAGACGCUGCCUCGGUGGGCCGAAUGGACUUUCAAAAGAUCGAGUAUUUGAUCCGCAAAGGCGAACGUCAAUUGAAGCAGUACCGUCAAGUGAAAGGGGCGUCGUUUGCAUUCGCCAAGCCGCAAUCAUCUCCUUAAUACACGUCAGUGUACGUUCGAUCAAUGUCUAGGUGGCGGCUCUCUGCCGAAACGUUAGCUAUGUGAAC